AUGAAUGAAAAAUAUCGUGAACGUCAUCGAAGAGAAUGGGAAAAACUUGAGAAAGAUGUCGAGUUGGAAUACAAAAAUAUAUUAAAAGAUAUAAGUCAAAUUAAUAUCGAAGUAGAGCCGAAUGAUGUUGAAAUUAGUUCGAAUGAACGGGGUUUUUGGGAGCAUGAAAUCGUCAACUUAUCCCCAUUUGAUGUCGUUUGCCGUAUUCGAAUGACGAAUUCACGACUUUUUUCGACUAGUGAAAAUGUGUUUAUUAUUAAACAAAAACAGGCGAAAUUGUUGAAAAUCUCUCGUGCGCCUCAUCAAAUCCGUUCUCACCAUCUGAAAAUCGAUGUAAUCCGACACGUGGAAUCAUUCGAACCAAAAAGUUUACUUGACUAUUUUAUUGGUCCAUAUGCAUUCAAAACAUUCAUUGUUCGAUAUCACGGAGCACCGAGAUAUUGGUCAGAUGCAUUGGAAAUGAAUGAUUGGAUUCCAGAUGAAAUAAUAGAUGAAAAAUGGGAAACUCUUGAGAAAAAGAAGACUUCGAAAGAGAAAAAGUCGUCAUUAGAAGCAUCAGAAUUGAGCAGUUCAAAUGAAAAUCCAGAUCCAGAAGAAGAUUUGGGUACUAUUCAACGGGCUAACAUGAAUACAACUAACUUGAUGAUAACAGCAAAUCAAGCUCCAGAAGAAUUGAAACUUGAAUCAGAAUCAGACGUCGGAAGUGAUUUUGAUGAGGCUCUUGAAAAUGAACUGGCGAAUAUGAGUGUUUGA